AUGAAUGAACCAACUUUGGUUAUCGACAAUGGGUCGUAUGAGAUCAAGUUUGGGACGAAAGAAUUCGACACACCACUUCUAGCAUUAAACUGCUUAACAAAGGACAAGUAUUCCCGAUAUCACAUAUCUAACCAGACUAAAAGAAUGCGGGACAUAUCUGAGGCGAUGAUCCGUAGACCUCACGAACUAGGUCAGCUUGUUUCGUGGGAGUUGGAACGUGAGAUAUGGGACUACUGUUUCUACAACGAAGACGAGUUCAAAUGGAAACUAACGCACGAAAACGACACGAAAGACCACCAUCUAGUUGUGAGCGAGACGCUCAUGACGAUACCUGAGCUUUCGAAAAACAUGGACCAGGUUGUGUUUGAGGAGUACGAUUUCCAAUCCAUGUUCAAAGGUCCCCCUGCACAAUUUGUGCCCUUCUACAACGGGACGUACAUAGAUGAUACCCUGAAAGAAAGGCAGCAGCCGGCCGGCAACAGAGACUACAAGGACUUCCAAUUGGUGAUAGAUUCUGGAUUCAACUGUACGUGGGUUGUCCCCAUAAUAAAGGGCGUACCGUACUACAAGGCCAUCAAGAAGCUCGACAUCGGAGGCAGGUUUCUCACCGGGUUGCUAAAGGAGUCCAUCUCCUUCAGACACUACAACGUCAUGGAAGAAACCAUACUUGUCAACAACAUCAAGGAACAAUGCACGUUCAUGCCGCCGGAAUCCUACUUCGACAGCUUCCACCACAAGAUGAGCACCUGCGUGGAGUACGUGCUACCCGAUUUCCAAACCAGUUUCCUCGGGUAUGUGAAACAGAGAGGCUCGCACACGCAAACCAACAACAACAAACCCACAGACCCUGCCUCGCUCCCGAGCCAAGUCCAAUCCAUCAACCUCACAGACGAAAUCUUCGCCGUCCCAGAAACCUUCUUCCACCCAGAAAUCGCCCAGGUCCUCAAACCAGGCAUCAUCGAAACCAUCUUGGAGUGCAUAAACAUGUGCCCCACUGUCGUCCGGCCCCUACUGGUCGCAAACAUAGUAUGCACCGGCGGGAACUUCAACAUCCCAAACUUUCACAAGAGACUACAAACAGAACUACAAAGACAAUGCCCCAUCGACUGGAACUGCAAGGUCCACUUGCCCUCUAUACCGAACAAGUCUCUCCACACCUGGCACAGCAUGCGCGACUUCGCACAAUCAGACCAAUUCAAGGCCGCACGCGUUACCAGAGAAGAAUACCUCGAGCACGGUCUCGACUGGUGCACCAAGAACAGGUUCGGCUAUCAGCAAUGGAUGUAG